CCCGAUGUAUGUAACUAUAGCUGGCGGUGGUUGCGGAAUACAACUCUUGUAGAAUAUCAUACAUAUUUUGCUGUUGUCAUACAUAUAAUAUACGUAUAUGAUGAGGGCAAAAUAACCUCGUGUCGUAUAUGUCUUAAGUUUUAAUUUUUUUUAAAGAAAUACAAAACGUUACAUUUAAAGCCGAAAAUUUACAAAGUUGCUGAUGCAAAAUGGCAGAUGAUAUAUUAAAACUAGAUUUGUAUGAAAUAAUUGGAGUUAACCAAACUGCAGAUGAAAAAGAGAUUAAAAAAGCCUACAGGAAAAAAGCACUCAGUUGCCAUCCUGACAAGAAUCCAAACAAUCCCAAAGCUGCAGAAUUAUUUCAACAAUUAACAAGAGUACUAGAAAUAUUAACGGAUGCAUCAGCUAGGGCUGCAUAUGAUAAAGUUGUGAGCGCAAGAGAACAGACUAAGCUUAGAGCUAAGGAAUUAAAUGCCAAGAGAAGAAAAUUAAAAGAUGACCUUGAAGCAAGAGAAGAAGCUUUCAAGAGAUCAUUGAAUAAAGAUUAUGUUUCGGCCCAGACUGAUGAGGAAAAACUCAAAGUUGAAAUAGAGAGGUUGAGGAAAGAAGGAUCAAGGCUAGUCGAAGAAGAAAAAGAGCGCCUCAGAAAAAAGAUUUUAGAAGACUUGCAAGGAAAUAUAACUAGUACUUACAGCGAAGAAGAGUGUCGUGUUAAGAUAAGGUGGAAAGUUGCUGCGGAUGACGAGAAUAACGGAGGGUACACUGAGGAUAAAUUACGUCAAAUUUUGUCCAAACAUGGUGAAAUAUCAGUAUUAAUUCUGUCUAAAGAAGCUAAAAAAGGUAGAGGUGGAGCUAUUGUAGAAUAUACGACUAAGGAAGCAGCUGUUUCUGCAGUGAAUUAUGAGAUAGGAUUAGUAUCCAAUCCACUCAAAUUAGAAGGAAUGUGGGAAAAGGGAAAAACAUCUCAUAAAGUACAAUCUAAUGCUAGUCACUUUUCUCUUGGUUCCAAAGUAAACCUAUUCCCUUCAGCUAAAGGAUCUUCCGACACGAGGAAUAAUCCCUUUUCUCAAGGACUAACAUUUUCAUCAGCACCUGACAUAUUUAAAGUUAAAAGAACUGUUGACACAACAACUUCAGAAACUGAGUCUUACAACGACUUAGAAACAAUGGUUUUAAAAAAUUUAAAAAGGGCAGAAGAACGUAAAAGAUUGAUUGAACAAAUGCAGGCAGAGGAAGACGGUGCAUAGUCAUAUGAAAUGUUUUCGGUUAUUAAGAUUUAUAUUUGUAAGAUUUUACCCACUGUGUUUUAAUAAAAUUAUAAAUAUUUUUAGAAAAA